CGGCGGUGCCGGUGCCGCAGCCGGGGUUGGGGUGUCACCAUGAGCCUUGUGCUGGAGACGCUGCUGGGGCCCCCGGGGGGGCUCCGCAAGGACCUCACCCGCACCGCCCCGCGCUCCGCCGCCUCCAGCGGCUUCUACUCCUGGUCGGUACCGGCGGGGCGGGUUCGAGGCGGCGGUGGUGGUAGCGCUGCCGCUUCCUCCACCGAGAGCCUGGACUCGGUGAACGGCGAACCUCGGGUACGGAACGAGAAAGAGCUGCUGCAAGUGCUGAACGAUCGUUUCGCCGGUUACAUCGAACGGGUGCGGGCGCUGGAGCAGCAGAACCGGGCGCUGGCGGCCGAGGCGGAGGCGCUGCGGCAGCAGCAGGCGGGGCGCUCGGCUAUGGGCGAGCUGUACGCCAGGGAGCUGCGCGAUAUGCGGGGCACCGUGCUGCGGCUCGGGGCCGAGAAGGGGCAGCUGAGGCUGGAGAGGGCCCGCCUGGCCGAGGACGUGGCCACGCUGCGGGGGAGGCUGGAAGAGGAGGCUCGGCAGCGGAGCGAGCUGGAGGCUGCAGCCCGCGGGCUCGCCCAGCGCUCGGCGCAGGAGGAGAGGGCGCGGGGGCCUCUGGAGGAGCGAGCCCGAGCGCUGCGGGAGGAGGCUGAGCUUCUGAAGAAGCAGCACCGGGCGGAGGUGGGCGCGCUGCUGCGGGGAGCCCGAGCGGAGCCCCUCGCCGAGGCCCCCCCCGCCCUGCGCCCCGGUGUCACCGAUGCUCUCCGUGACCUGCGCGCCCAGCUGGAGGGCACGGCGGCUCGCAGCACGCUGCAGGCCGAGGAGUGGUUCCGCGUGAGGCUGGACAAGCUCUCAGAGGUUGCCAAGGUGAACACGGAUGCCAUCCGCUUGGCCCAGGAAGAGAUCUGUGAGUACCGCCGCCAGCUCCAGGCCAAGACCACUGAGCUUGAAGCUCUCAAAGGGACGCAGGAGUCGCUGGAGAGGCAGAGGCAGGACUCGGAGGAGCGCCAUCAUGCAGAUGUUCUGUCCUAUCAGGAAACCAUCCAGCAGCUUGACAAUGAGCUGAGGAACACCAAGUGGGAGAUGGCAGCUCAGCUCCGCGAGUACCAGGAUCUGCUCAAUGUCAAAAUGGCCCUGGACAUUGAAAUUGCUGCCUAUAGAAAGCUCUUGGAAGGGGAGGAAUAUCGGAUUGAGACUGGCCUUGGGAUGCUCUCCUUCCCUGAGGUGGCCCCCAAAGCUCCCAGCAUCACCACCAACAUCAAGGUGAAGAGUGAAGAGAAGAUCAAGGUGGUGGAAAAGUCUGAGAAGGAGACAGUGAUUGUGGAGGAGCAGACAGAGGAAAUUCAGGUGACUGAGGAGGUCACAGAGGAGGAUGAGGCUGAGAAAGAAACUGAAGGUGAAAAAGCUGAAAAGGAGGAGGAAGAAGAGGAGAAAGCUGAAGCAGAGGGUGAAGAAGAGGAGGCCAAGUCCCCAGAGAAACCUGAGUCCCCCUCAAAGGAGGAGGCCAAGAGCCCAGCUGUUAAGUCCCCAGAAAAGCCACCAACCCCCUCAAAGGAAGAAGCCAAAACCCCAACUGUCAAGUCCCCUGAAAAGCCACAAGCGCCCCCAAAAGAAGAGGCCAAGACCCUGGCUAUCAAGUCCCCAGAGAAACCUACUACUCCCUCAAAAGAAGAGGCCAAGAGCCCAGCAGUGACGUCUCCAGAGAAGCCCCCAGCCCCCUCAAAAGAGGAGGCCAAGAGUCCAGCUGUCAAGUCUCCAGAGAAACCUGCACCUCCCUCAAAAGAGGAGGUCAAAACUCCAUCUGUCAAGUCUCCGGAGAAACCCACAACUCCCUCAAAAGAAGAGGCCAAGACCCCAGCUGUCAAGUCUCCAGAGAAACCUGCACCUCCCUCAAAAGAGGAGGUCAAAACUCCAUCUGUCAAGUCUCCGGAGAAACCCACAACCCCCUCAAAAGAAGAGGCCAAGACCCCAGCUGUGAAGUCCCCUGAGAAAGCCCCAACCCCCUCAAAGGAGGAGGCCAAAAGUCCAGCAGCGAAGUCUCCAGAGAAAGCCCCAACCCCUUCAAGAGAGGAAGCCAAGAGUCCAGCGGUGAAGUCCCCCGAGAAAGCCCCAACCCCCUUAAAGGAGGAGGCCAAGACCCCAACUGUGAAGUCCCCUGAGAAAGCCAAGUCUCCUGUGGAGGAGGCCAAGUCUCCACAGAAGGAAGUGGCCCCAGCCAAGGAGCCCACGCCCUCCCCUCCAAAGGAGCCAAAAGCCCCUGCAAAGGAAGAGCAGCCCAAAGAGGUGAAGGCUCCAUCCAAGCCCAAAGAUGAGGAAGGCAAGAAAGAAGUUCCCAAGAAGGAUGCCCCAGCCAAGGUGGAGGAGAAGCCCAAAGACAAGGCAGCUGCUGUGCCAGAGCCUCCAGCCCCACAGGUGAAGGAGCCCACCAAGGCGGUCACCAAACCUGCAGAAGAAGGAAAGGCUGAGAAGGAGGCUCCACCCAAACCUCAGCAGGAGGUUGGCAAAGUGGCUGUAAAGGAAGCUGAGAAGCCAAAAGCUGAGGAGAAGGUGGAAGAGCCCAAGAAGAAGGCAGAGGAGCCCAAAGAUAAGGCAGACCCCAAAGAUAAGGCAAAGCCCAAAGAUGACCCCAAAGCCAGUAAAGAGUCCCCCAAGGCCGAAGCCCCUAAAGAGGCUCCCUCCAGCAAGGAGGGUAAAGCCCCAGAGCCGGCACCUGCUGCAGGGAAGAAGUGAGGGAGACGUGGGAGCUGAAGAGCACCUCUGGGCAUGGGAGCUGCUCCGCUCCCCUCCAAUGGCCGGGCUUUACCUUAGCAAUAUGUCUGUGUGAGAGACACAGCCCCCGCUGUCCUGCCCCGGGGGCUUGGCCGAUAGCUUCCCUAGCAGAACGUGAUGUACGCCGAGCGCCACAUUUAAACACUUGAAUUAUAACCGAGGAGAAGGGGACCCAGGGGACCAACCCACCCUUCUCCAGUAAGUGCAUUUAUUCAAUGUAUGUGCAAUUGAUGGACGAGUGCAAUGCAGAGCUCUAGCUGCUUGGGACGGGGGCUGGUGGGGUCUUUGGGGUCUUUCCCUGCCAUGGGGGUGAACAAUUGCCCCUCUGAGCAGUGACCCAGGGUGCAGCGGGAGAGGCUGGGCACUGCAGGAAUGCUCACAGACACACGGUGCACUAGGAACCUCAGCCCACUGUUGUUUGCUUACUGUGCAAUAACCAAAUAAAGUGCUUACAGAGACGCCC